GCUUCCAUGCCACUCCACGGCACACACCAAUAACUUGGCGGCACUUAGCGGCUGUCGGCUCUUCGCGGAGCCACACCGCGACAGCACCGCUCGUGGCUCCCGCGCGCGCCAUGGGCACCGCCGCGCGGCGUGAGCCGCUCAAGCAGCGCGUGAACCGCUGCCUCCUCAAGCUCUCCGACCGCGACACGGAGGCCAUGGCGGCCGCGGAGCUCGAGGCCAUCGCGCGCGCGCUGGGCCCGGACGAGCUCCCGGCCUUCGUCUCCGCGGUCUCGGACGCGCGCCCCACCGACAAGACCCCGCUCCGCCGCCACGCGCUCCGCGCCCUCGCGCUCGUCGCCGCCACCCACUCGCGCGACGCCGUCGCGCCGCUCGUCCCGCGCAUCCUCGCCGCCGCGCUCCGCCGCGUCCGGGACCAGGACUCCUCCGUCCGCGCCGCGCUCGUCGACACCGUCCGCGCCGCGGCGGCCGCGGCGGGCUCAGCGUCCGCCGCUCUCCGGCCCCUCACGGACGCGCUCCUCCACGAGCAGGAUCAGUGCGCGCAGCUAGCGGCCGCGCUCGCCACGGUCGCCGCCGUCGAGGCAUCCACCCUCGCCGCCGACCUCGCUUCCUACCUACACAAGCUCCAACCCCGCCUUCUCAAGCUCCUCCGCAGCAAUGCCUUCAAAGCCAAGCCCGCGCUCAUCACCCUCAUCGGCGCCUCCGCGGCCGUGGGCGGCGCUGCCGAAGUCACCGCCUCCAUCCCGUGCCUCCGCGAUGCAAUCGCCAGUGACGACUGGGCGGCGAGGAAGGCCGCGGCGGAGGCGCUUGCUGCAUUGGCUUUAGAGCACACGGAUCUUCUCAUGACCUACAAAUCCUCUUGCGUAACCUUCUUCGAGGCCAGAAGGUUUGACAAGGUCAAGAUUGUGCGAGAGUCGAUGAACCGGAUGAUCGAGGUCUGGAAGGAGAUCCCGGAUGUUGAAGAGGACGAAUGCUCCUCCGCUGCGCCACCAGCCUCGCAGUCACAACGAAGAUCUUCUCUAACAGGGAGUGCAAGUGACGGGCGAUAUCCAGCUGCUUCCCUAGGCUCAAACUCAGUUCAAUCGGCGACGAGGAGGAGCAGAUUACCAGUGAGCAGAUCACCUCCGCCUGAUGUGUCGCACAGCGUCACCAAAGCAAAUAACCCUUUAUCCAUCAGGAACAAGAAGCUGUCGCCUCCUUCACACCGCAAAGUAGGCAUUGCUGUUGCUCCGGAUGCUACCCCAAUCAAAGUGGUGACGGAGGAGAAGCUUCUGAAAGGAGGCAAUGUGAGGGAAAGACUGGAGGCAAGGAGGACACUCUUCCAGGGAAGCGAGGAGAGAGCGAACAAGCUGGCUGGACUGAAAGCAGGGUCCCGAGUCGUUCCAUAUGAGGGUGGUGGUAAUUUGGAAGAGAUUUCUGAAGUUGAUGAUGGAUCAGAGAGGUUUCAAUUAGUUCACAAAGACGAGAGCUUUUCAGAGAUUAGGACACAGCUUCGUCAGAUUGAAAACCAGCAGAGCAGUUUACUAGAUCUUCUCCAGAAAUUCAUGGGGAAUUCUGAGAAUGGCAUGAAUUCUUUGGAGACAAGGGUACGUGGGCUGGAGAUGACAUUGGACGAGAUCACUCGUGAUUUGGCCUUCUCUUCAGGAAGGAUGUCUAACAGGGAACCUGAUGUGAACACCUGCUGCAUUCUGAGCCCAAAUUUCUGGAGAAGGCGCGAUGGUGGUAGGUAUUCCUCCAGGUAUUCUGUCUCCGACGCACCAAACAGCUCGGAGGAGAGCAGAACUUCUUACAAAUGGGAAAGGCAGAAGUUUGAACUUGUCACCAACCCACUAGCCGAGACGAACAUUUCAUCUGGAGGAAAAACAGGGGUUACUCAAGAAGGCAGGAGAAAGGAUACAACUUUACAGAAGUCAAGGAUGGGUUAGGCAUGAUGAAGACAUGCUGUUUGCAGUAUGAGCUGUUCGAGUUUCUUAUGAGCAUGGAGGCAGCUAAAAUUCUCUUUUCCCGUGCAACUUUUUUUUUGAAGAAACUUACUCUUCAAUUUUCGGAAGCUUUUCUCCUUCAUUGGACCUGAAAGCAUGAGGUGUACUUGGAUUAUGGAGCUCUAUGGGAGUUACUGCCAAGCUUAAACUCUUGAACACUCGCUUCUUGAGCUGGAUCGUCAGUUGACUUCUUGAUCAUCACACUACUAAGUAUUGUUGGCUUGAGACUGAAGAUACAGUCCCUCCCAGGAGUAUGCUCAGCCUGGCAUGAGAACGACCACUGUCUUUCGUCCCACAUACUGCUUUAGAAAAGAGCUAGCUUCGUAUUAGAACAUAAACACGCUGUACCACCGUACGGAUUAUGGAUGUGCUAUGUAAAUAGUUUGGAUAAAGCAACUUCGUGCUCGUGAGCUUCUUGA